UGAAUUGAUCAGCUAUCACGAGACCGGAACAGGUUUUCAGUAUUACAGCUGGUUUUCUAAUGGCCAAAUAUAUAGUUAAUGAUAGAUUUAUAGUGCUGUUUUUAUUUAAUGUUGUGCGUUGGUCUGAAGGAGCAAAUCCUAGAAAUUCAUUAAACGAUGAUCUUCUGUUGCCAUACCCCCCCCUACAAGCACACGGGCCUACUCACCACCACAGGUUUGUUAGAGACUGUCAGCCUGUCCAGCAUGGAAAUGUGACUUUUGAAACAUGGAGGAGCGCUAAAACCAAAGGCUUGAGUGCAGCAGAAACCAACACAUUUGUGUCACAUUUCUUCACUGGGGCGGGAAAUGACAAGUGGGUCUCCGGCCACUUGACCUUUAUCAGCGACCCACUAAGGAUGUUGUCGGUUCUGGAACCAGGAGGGCCAGGAGGUUGCCAGCAGGAACGCACAGCCACGGUAGAAGAAACCGCCAACUCACAAAAGUGCUUGGUUGCUCAGAAUGGUGGUUACUUCAACACAAAAACUGGACAGUGCCUUGGCAAUGUGGUGAGCAAUGGUAAUGUUGUGCGAAACAGCAAAGGGAUACAGAAUGCUCAGUUUGGGAUCAAGAAAGAUGGAACUUUAGUUUUUGGCUAUCUGUCCGAAGAUGAUGUGCUGAAUGAAGAAAGCCCAUUUGUUCAGUUGGUGAGCGGAGUGGUGUGGCUGCUCAGAAAUGGGGAGGUCUAUAUCAAUGAGAGCAAGAUUGCUGAAUGUGAGAAGACACAGGAAACAGGGACAUUUGACACAUUCAUAAAUGUGGUGUCUGCAAGAACAGCAGUUGGACAUGACAAAAAUGGAAGGCUUGUACUUUUCCAUAUUGAUGGCCAGACAAACACCAGAGGAAUGAACCUGUGGGAAGUGGCAAGCUUUCUGAAAGACCGUGGAGUUAUUAAUGCCAUCAACCUUGAUGGGGGAGGCUCUGCCACCUUUGUUGUUAAUGGAACACUUGCAAGCUAUCCGUCAGAUCACUGCCUUUAUGAUAACAUGUGGCGGUGCCCACGGAGUGUUUCCACAGUGUUGUGCGUGCACGAACCCUGGUGCAAUCCAGUGGACUGCAGUGGCCAUGGCCAGUGUGUGCAUGGGGAAUGCCAGUGCAUUGGCCACUGGAUGGGGUCUGCCUGUGACACCCUGGACUGCCAGCCCUCUGCCUGUGGCCCCAAUGGAGUCUGCACCACAUAUGGAUGUGUCUGUGAUGCUGGAUGGCUUGGGAGUAACUGUAGCCAAGUUUGCCCUGCUGGCUUUUAUGGAGACGGCUGUAAUCAAACAUGCUCUUGUCAGAAUGGGGCUUCCUGUGAUCCUGUCAGUGGCUCCUGUAUCUGUCGUGCUGGUUUUCAUGGAGAUUGCUGCGAGCAAGAUUGCCCUCUAGGUUUCUAUGGGCUGGGUUGCAAAGAAGAAUGCCAAUGUAAGAACAUGUGUCCAUGUGAUACAGUGACCGGCAGCUGCAAUGUGACUUACCAAGGAGAGCAGAACUACACUCUGCACAGAGCGGGUCACUGCCUAGCUUCCCAUAUGUUCGAGUCAUGGAGAGAUGAUUUUACUGCACAGAAGCCACAGGAGUACUUAUCACAGAUGACCUGGAUUAUGAUCACAACCAUCCUGGGCCUGCUGCUCCUAAUUAGCACAGUUGGUAACCUGACUCAGAUUUGUGGGAAAUCACCUCCUAGUGGGUUCAAUAAAUUCUCAUAUCUUCCUCUGAAUGAAGGAAAUGGAAAGCUAGACUAUGCAGAAAUCAAUACAGAGCCAACCUCAAGUGAUUGGAGUUUCAGAAGACUUCAGGAGCAACAUGACUCAGAAGAUAGUACCUGAAUUUAUAUAAAUUGGUUCUGCUCUUUUUUAACUGAAUGGUGGAAAACUCAGAAACAUGAUAUUUUUUCAUUUUUAUUUAUGUACUUAAGUCAAUGACAUGAAUGUAUGCACUGAAGAGGAUAGCUGCUAUUGAGGAGUUUUAGAGACACCGUGCCAGUCCUACAGCUUUAAAUUGAGGUAUGCAGAAGAAUGUGCUUUUUAUGCUUCAGCAAAAGAGCACAGAUCCACAGAAAUACAAAAUUAAAAAGCUAUUUUUAAGAUCCUUAGAGCAACAGCUAUAUUUGUGAUUUUUUUCAUUUUUUGUACUUAAAUGCUAUAGUAUGUCCCAUUCGCAGAUGCCUUCUCCUGAAGCCUCUUGGCAGCAUUAACUGAAAGAACAAUGCAAAUAUGACCGCAGCCUUCAUGAAAAUGACUUUUGCUUUCAAACUGUUUCAUCUGUCACGUUUGUCCAGGGCUUCUCUCCGAGUUAUGGAAUGUUUUACAAAUUCAUGACUUUUUUGUAGUGGAGGGUAAUUCGUAAAAUAAUUUCCUGUGAAUAAUCUCAUUUUUUAAUUUUCAUUUAAUAAAAAUGAUUUCUAGUGUUAA